GGGUUCUAAGGGACCUCCUGGUGAAAUGGGCCUGCAGGGAUCUCCGGGCGAACAAGGCUUACCUGGGCCUCAGGGGCCACCUGGUCUCAAAGGAAACAUGGGAAUCCAAGGACCCCAGGGUCCACCUGGAGAGAUCGGUCAAGAUGGACCCAAGGGGAAGUGUGGUGAUCCAGGAGUUGCCGGUCCCCCUGGUCUUCCAGGACUAAAAGUGAGUAAAGAUUAUCUUCUGGGUGUCAGAAAUGUAACUAGUCUCAAUGUAUUUAAUGUUUUUGAAGUCACUUAA